AUGACGGCUCGCCCUUCCACGCCCAUACCCAGCAAGCCCGACUCAAAGCCCGAGGAGUCAUUGGACUCGGGACCCGCCCGCGAUGCAUCCGAUGGCUCUAAUCUAGAAACCCCAAAAGUGGAGGGCGAGCAGUUGGUAGAACUGGACAAGGCCACCAAGGUCCUCCUAGUAGCCUCAGUCCUGCUCAGCAUGUUCCUAGUCUCCCUAGAUAGAACGAUUAUCUCGACGGCCAUACCCGCCAUCUCCGACGAGUUCAGCUCGCUCAACGACGUCGGCUGGUAUGGCAGCUCGUACCUCCUCACAUCCUGCGCUUUCCAGCUGCUGUUUGGCAAAAUCUACACCAUCUUCUCCGUCAGGGCCGUCUUUCUUGUCAGCAUCCUGCUCUUUGAGAUUGGCUCCGCCAUCAGCGGCGCGGCUCCCAGCUCGGUGGUAUUUAUUGUCGGGCGAGCCAUUUGUGGGGUUGGUGCUGCAGGCCUCUUCGCUGGAACCAUCGUCUCCAUCAUCUACAUUGUCCCACUCCACCAACGGCCCAAGAUCCAAGGCCUGUUCGGCGCCCUGUUUGGCAUUGCCUCCAUCGUGGGCCCGCUGAUCGGAGGCGCAUUCACUUCCAACGUGACCUGGCGAUGGUGCUUCUACAUCAACCUCCCCAUCGGUGGCGUGGCUAUGGUAGUGAUCGCCCUCUACCUCAAAGUCCCUGAUCGCCAGUCGACAAAACUGCCCCUGGCCCAAAAGAUCCUGCAGCUCGAUCUUCUGGGAACGUCGGUUCUCGUGCCAGGGGUGGUGUGUCUCCUGCUGGCACUGCAAUGGGGCGGUCCAACAUAUCCUUGGAACGACGGCCGCAUCAUCGCCCUCCUCACACUCACCUUCGCCCUCCUCAUCGCCUACAUCACCAUCCAAGCGACCCUCCCCGCCACCGCCACCAUCCCAGGCCGGAUCGUCCGCCAACGCAGCGUGAUCUCGGCGCUCUGGGCGACCAUCUGCCUCAACGCGGGCAACUACCUGUUCAUCUACUUCCUGCCGAUCUGGUUCCAAGCCAUCGCGGGGUCGUCCCCCGUCGACUCGGGCCUCCGCCUGCUGCCCGUCAUGCUCGCGACCGUGGUCGGGUCGGUGGUGGGCGGGUUUGUCAACGCCCGCGUCGGCUACUACACGCCGCUGGCGAUUGUGGGGUCGUGCGUGGCGGCGGUGGGGGCCGGGCUGUUGACGACGCUGCGGGUUGGGUCCGGCGCCGGGGCGUGGAUUGGGUUUCAGGUCGUGUAUGGGCUGGGGCUGGGGACGUGCUUCCAGGCGCCGAAUCUGGCGGUGCAGGCGGCGCUGCCGCAGGGGGAUGUGGCGAUGGGGAUGGCGCUGGUGUUUUUUGGGUCGUUGGUUGGGUCGACGGUGUUUGUGUCGGUGGGGCAGAAUGUGUUUACGAAUGAGCUGGUGCGGCGGCUGGAGGGGUUUCCGGGGUUUGAGGUUGGGUUGGUGACGUCGGGGGGUGUGACGGCGCUGCUGGAGGCGCUGCCGUGGGAGGUGCGUGGUGAGGUGCUGGUGCAGUAUAAUGAGGCGCUGCGGGGGGUGUUUCGGGUUGGGUUGAUCGUGACGUGUUUGACGGUCUUGGGUACGACCACGCUGGAGUGGUUAAGCGUCAAGAAGCCGCAGCCAAAAGCAGACGAAACCGGUGAUGUGGUUGAAGAGGAGAAGAAGGUUGGGGCCCCGGUGGAGUAG